GCAGCUGAGCUGACAGCAAUGAACCCCACUGAAGCUUACCCUGCUGAGGUUGUUGCACUCCAGGACACGAGUUAUGGUUGGUUCCCUGGACAGCCUGGGGGUCCUAGAGUAGUCCAGCACACCACUGUGAACAUCCCUUUAAAGCCUCAAAAUGACCAUCUCAUCUGGUCGCUUUGCAACUUUGUCUACGGAAACAUUUUCUGCCUUGGACUGGCGGCUCUAAUUUCUUCUGUCAAGGCCAGAGACCGGAAGGUGUUUGGAGAUCUGGCUGGAGCCCGACAUCAUGCCUCUUCUGCUCGCAUUCUCAAUAUCGUGGCCACAGUUCUGACAACUUUAUCAGUCUUUAUUACCAUAAUUGUGCUUGUGCUCAUUGUUAGGAAUGUGCAAGCAAGCUAUUAUUCACACUACUAUUACAACUAACCAGCUUUCAUACUAGUAGUACUAGUAGUAAGGUCCAAGGCAGUAAAGAAGAACUUAAUUUGUUUAAAGUUUGCUUAUAUAAAAACUGCAAUGUGUGUCUUAGCUCAAAGGAAUGUGUUGGAAGAUUUGUACAUGAAUAAUCAUUGCUUAGUUUAAAAAGGUUCUUUAUCCUUAUGAUUUGCCAUAAAAGACAUUUUCAAUUAUUUAGUUGGGUGAACUUUGAUAAAAGUGGUUUAAAUACUUUUCACAUUUGUUUUCGAAGUACUUUUAUGAACUAUUAACAGAAUUGUCAUCUUGUCUUAAAGUUGCAUUUGGGUGGUUGCUAUGCAGAUUGAGCAGGAUCUUGUGUGUGUGUGGAGGAGUUGUGGGAAGCAGUCCAUUGGCACCCCAGCCAAUCUUGAUGUCCUUGGAUGCCAGAUGUGGACGUGUGGGCUGUAUCAGUUUAUGGACAGAACCAGUUUUAUUCAGUAGGACUUGUAUUUGUGAAACUGUGUGUAGCCACACCCAUGAUUCUGUCACAUGAGUGAUUUUCUGUCCUUAAUAAAAGGCUGUGACACAGGGCAGCUCCUUUGAGAGAAUGAACUGUC